AUGUUUCUUCAUGCCGCUAUCGCUCCAAUCCUAGCCCUUACCGUGUUUCGACUCGGCCCCGUCGUCCACGUGCACGAGUUGUCGAUCGAAAAGCUUGACCUCAUGAGCUGUUCCAACGCGACCCUAAACGUCGUCAUUUGGAUUCUCCAUCCGUCGGCAUUGAGCAAGUUCGACGAGAUUAUGAGAGUCUCAAUGGGGAAAAAAGUAGUCGUCUUCUUGGAUUACGACGGCACUUUAUCGCCAAUUGUUGACGACCCGGACAGUGCUUUCAUGACAGAUGAGAUGAGAGAAGUUGUGAGGGAAGUGGCGAGAUUUUGUCCGACCGCCAUAGUUAGUGGGAGGAGCUCGGCUAAGGUGUACAACUUUGUGAGAUUGUCGGAGCUUUAUUACGCGGGAAGCCAUGGGAUGGACAUCAAGGGACCAUCAAAAGGACACACAAAAGGAAAUCAGAUUAUCCUCUGCCAGCCUGCCACAGAAUUUCUGCCCAUCAUUCAUGAGGUAGAGAAAUCUUUGUUAGAAGAAAUCAAACACAUUCCAGGAGCAAAAGUUGAGAACAACAAGUUUUGUCUGUCUGUUCACUACCGUUGCGUGGAGGAAAAGAGAUGGGUCGAAUUAGUUGAUAUAGUGAAAUCAGUAAUUAAAGAGUACAAAGAGCUUAGGCUUAGUCAAGGAAGGAAAGUAAUGGAGAUUCGUCCUUUAAUUAAAUGGGACAAAGGAAAUGCACUCGAAUUUUUGCUACAAUCCUUAGGUUUUGCAGAGUCCAAUGAUGUUUUUCCAGUCUACAUAGGCGAUGAUCGAACUGAUGAAGAUGCAUUCAUGGUUUUGAGAGAUAGAGGACAAGGCUUAGGGAUUCUCGUGUCCAAAGGCCCUAAAGAAACAAAAGCCUCCUACACUUUGCAAGAACCAACUGAGGUUAUGCACUUUCUUAAGCGCUUGGUUGAGUGGCACAAAAGAGGCUAA